AGGAAAUCGCGAACUUUAGUCAUGCGCGGCAUUAUCGCGAAGUUGAUUGCUCAGCGACCAAGACAUCCUUUUGAUUUUUACUCUGCCUCCCCUCUCAACUCGCGACUGACGUUCUUCACGACCAGACGGAUUUCGCCCACCCCACUACCCCGCCAUGACUUCACGAACACUCAUUAUCGCGCCGCCCUCAGUUGCGGCGCACCCCGAGAAGCUGAACAGCAUAUACGAGAUCCAUGACCGCUCUUCAACAGACCUGCAGAUGCUUGACCGCAUUGCGGCAGGUCUGGCAAACCUCCCUACGUCCACUUAUGACGUGGUUCUCCUCCUCACCGACGCCGCUGGCACAUCGCGCGAAAGCCACGCCCUCCUCGUCCGCGACGUUAUGCACAAGAUUGUCGGCGCCCUGAAGACUGGUGGCAUAUUUAAGAGCCAGGACGGUGCUCUGCAGGGUUCAGAGAAGACUGAAGCCAUUCUCGCAGGCCUGGUCGAGGGCACAGAGGGCAUGACCAAGCCCGCACAGGAGGAGCCAGUGUCGAUACCCUUGAAGUUUGGCAGGAAGAAGUCAGCGAAUGGAGCAAACGGCACAAACGGCGUGGAUCGCAGCACCAGCGGCGCCGUCCAGGAACUCAACGCAGACGGCUCUGUCCCGCUGAACCUGAACCGCAUCAACCUGAACGGCAAGCGACCCUCACCUGAGCCCGUUUCUGCAAAGCCUUCAGGCGUAGGCUUUGUCGACUUCAGCGACGAUCUCGACGAUCUCAUCAUCACCGGCGAAGACGACGACCUGAUCGACGAAGACGAGUUCAUCACAGAAGAAGACAUGGCCCGCCCUGUCAUCCAGCCCGCCGAAUGCCGCCCCAAGCCUGGCAAGCGUCGCCGCGCCUGCAAAGACUGCACCUGCGGCAUGAAGGAGCGACUCGAAGCCGAAGACGCCGCGAAGCGCGCCGACGCCGACAAGAAGCUUAACACAAUGAAAUUUGGAGCCGACGAUCUGCUCGACGAGGUGGACUUCACAGUCCAGGGCAAGGUUGGCAGCUGCGGAAACUGCGCACUUGGCGAUGCGUUCAGAUGCGAUGGUUGCCCGUACAUUGGUCUGCCCGCGUUCAAGCCUGGCGAGGAGGUCAGACUGCUGAACAACGAUAUUCAGUUGUAGAUGACAAGAGCGACAUGUGCAUGGAUGGCGUUUGGGAUAUACCAUGGCGAUAUGAAGGAGUUUAAGGCAUGGUAGUGCGCAUAAACAGGCGUAGGCGCCUCUGCAUUAGACUAAAUUAGACGAAAUGAAACGAAUCAAAACUGCAAUUUGUACCAUCAUCCUUAUC